CUGCCACUCGACCUCCAGGCUAGUCCGAGAGUUCGAUGGUGCGCUAUGAAUCAUAGCGGUGUGCAAGUCGGUCCAAACAUCAAUUAUAUGACAUGUUCCUUGAGUUAAUUUUCACAAUGGGAUUUUUUGAUUAAUUAGGAAAUUCAAACUAACUAUAUUUAUACUAAGAUCAUUGUUGUGAGAAACAAGAUACCUUAUAUUCCUCUCUAUAUUCAACGUUGAUUUUGGAAAGAUUUCAAAGUACGUAUCGAUUGAAGCGAUAGGCCUCGGAAAGAUAGCUUAGGCAAUAGAUCCACAGCGUGGAAGGAUGGCAUAAUGUUAUCAUCGUAUCGUCGUCAUAAUAACUGUCUAAUUUAUAACUGUUAAAUUUAUUUUUAAAAGCAAACACUUGGAAAUCACCAACAUCAUCUCCAAGAACGUCUGUACGUCCCAUCCCGAUCUUUCAGGGUGCUCUCGGGCGAUCAAUAAUAUUUGAAGUAGUAUGUUACCUUUGAUACACCUUUGAUAAAAAUUCGAUCGAUUUUCGAUCGUUAUAUUUAGUCUCUAUAAAUCGUAAUUCAAUUCGGUUCGUCGUAAAUCAAUCUUAGCCACUGCAGAGCGCCGCAAGCAUCAACGAAAGCGACUCGUCGGAAAACGCAGAUGCAGGAAGAUCAAGCCACACUUAACGUCUAACGUUUGAUCGAUAUUGACUCUUCUUAAAUCGCUUGCAUCGACUGGAACGCUUACAUUAAUCAGUGGUGGUUGAAAAAGCGGCUGUCGUCGUUCACGGAAGAAUCUUUAACGAGCGCUUUCAGCCAGCUCGUUCGACGUUAAAGUCCGAUGGGUUGAUCGAUUUUUUCGCUGGCGAUCAUCCAACAAGUUCGGUGGCUGUUGAGGACGACGCUCGCUCCACCAGCGGUCCACUAUAUUUAAAUAUAGUCGAAGAUCGUCGUAGAGAGAUGAGCAGCUAGUCUUAUGUGCGAGCUACUGAUAGCAGCCGCUCCUCUCGGUGGAGCAGCAGCAGCAGUAGCACUUCUGACAAGCAAAGUGAUUGAGAGGUGAGCUCCGACAUUGAAGAGGUGGUGUCGAUCCCGUGGCCUGUACGGGCCCUCGUCUCGUUUCAAGUGACCGUGCGUAUCCCGGGCAAGAUCUUCAGCUGAAAAGGAGCAGGACGUCGGCCCGUGGCCGCUCGUGCAGCGCGCUUUCUCUGUGCAGCGUUCAUCGAUCGUCUCGAGAUUAUGACGUCCAGUUGUUUCUCCCCUCCGCCUCUUCGACCACCGAUCGACAUCAGCGAUCAGUCCGACACAGUCAAGGGUACUGACCUGAUCAAAGUGUCGAGGUUUUAUAAGGACAGCAAGGAGGGAAAGUUCGUGAGCUUCUUGUACGAGGAUACAAGGACUCUGUACGAUGGUUUCCGCAAAGGCGCCAAGGAGUCCAACAACGGACCCUGUCUUGGCUGGCGGGAUGGACCAAACAAACCGUACCAGUGGCUACAUUACAACGAGACCCUGCUCAGGGCGAAGAAUUUCGGUUCUGGCUUAGUGUCUUUGGGGCUGAUGCCAGGAUCGCACGCACUCGUGGGUCUCUACAGUCAGAACUGUCCGGAAUGGAUCCUCGCCGAGCAGGCUUGCUACACGUACUCGUUGGCAGUAGUGCCUUUGUACGACACACUGGGCCCUGAUGCCUGUGCCUUUAUCAUUAACCAGGCUGAGAUCAAUUUAGUCGUCUGCGAGAACGACAGCAAGUGCAAUUUGCUGCUCGACAAGGCGCCGAGAUGUCUAAGGAAAAUGGUGGUGAUAAAAGAGACGAGACAAGCGACGAACCAGAGGGCGAAGAACCGCGGCGUCGAGUUGUUCAAGUUCGAGGAAGUAGAACGUAUCGGUGCCCAAAAAAAUCAUCCGGAAGUUCCGCCCAAGACGACGGAUCUGUGCACCAUAUGCUAUACGUCCGGGACCACGGGCAAUCCGAAAGGCGUGAUGUUGACGCAUCAGAACGUGAUGGCGAGUAUAAGCGCGGUUUUGAUACAAUUAGGCGAGCACAGGCCCUCGUACAAGGAUACGAUGAUCAGCUUUUUGCCCCUGGCGCACAUGUUGGAACGAUGCUGCGAGAACGGCAUGUACAUGGUGGGCGCGUCCGUGGGCUUCUACAGCGGUGACAUCAAAAGGUUGCCCGAUGAUAUGAAAGCCUUGAGGCCUACCGUGAUGCCAGCGGUGCCGAGACUGUUGAAUCGAAUGUACGACAAGGUCCAAACUGAACUUCAGAGUUCGUGCUUGAAGAGGCUGGUAUUUAGCCUGGGUAUGCGGGCGAAGGAGGCAGAGAUCAAGAAAGGGAUCAUCAGGAACAACAGCGUGUGGGACAAGCUGGCCUUCGCGAAGAUCAAGGAAUCGACAGGAGGCAGGUUGAGGCUGAUGGUCGUUGGAUCUGCUCCAUUAGCGGGCAACGUUCUCACCUUCACCAGAUGCGCUCUCGGCUGUAUAGUCGUCGAGGGAUAUGGUCAGACCGAGUGCGGUGCACCGAUCACUCUUACCGUCCAGGGCGAUCAUGUACCAGAACAUGUAGGUCCACCAGUCCCUUGUUGCUGCAUUAAAUUGGUGGACGUUCCGGAAAUGGAAUACUUUGCGAAGAAGAAUCAAGGCGAAGUGUGCGUAAAAGGCACCAACGUUUUCGUAGGGUACUUCAAGGAUCCCGAAAGAACCGCUCAAGUUAUCGAUGAAUUCGGCUGGCAUCAUACCGGUGACGUUGGCAUGUGGUUACCUAACGGAACACUUAAAAUAAUCGAUCGAAGGAAACACACCUUCAAGCUUUCGCAAGGAGAGUACAUAGUUCCAGAGAAAAUCGAGAAUAUUUAUUUACGCAGUCAAUAUGUUCAUCAAGUGUUCCUCCAUGGGGAAUCCCUAAAAUCUUGCGUUGUAGGAAUAGUAAUACCACACGUAGAUGUUGUAAAAUGUUGGGCGGUAGAGAACGGUAUACCAGGUACACUCAGCGUAUUAUGUGCUAAUCCGCAAGUCAAACAGUUGAUCAUGGACGACAUGCUUUCGUGGGGAAAAGAAGCCGGUCUCAAAUCUUUCGAACAGGUGAAAGAUAUUUAUUUACAUCCGGAUCCGUUCUCCGUACAAAAUGGCCUUCUUACACCAACAUUGAAAAUGAAACGACCUCAGUUGAAAGACUACUUCAAACCGCAGAUAGAAGAUCUCUAUCGACAUUUGGACUGAUUAGACUGAGCAUUGUCUUUGAUUCUGUUUUCUUUAGCAUCGAGAACAGCAACGCGAAAAAUCGAGACACGUUUGCGUCGCAUUCAUAGAGAAAUCACUUCCGCCAUCGAAUAUUUGUUACCCCGCGAUACUUUAUUAUAUCAUUUUCUUCACAAUUACAUAGAGGCGCAAAAAAAAAGCAGAAGAAAAGCACCGUUUAGGCUAUUUAGAUAAUCGAUAACAUUAUAAUAAAAUGUGUUAUUAUUAGGUGCGUCUCGUUUUCUCUUGACUAUAGUCAUCCUUCGAUAUUUGUCGCGUGUAUUUACAGAUUUCUUCGUCUCCCUAUUCCUGUAUUUUGAUACAAAUUAUUACCGCCUUUAUGACACACUUAACGGUACAUUAUAGAUGUAUAUUUUUAUCGAUAACAAUAGUCAAAUGAAUUCUGAAUUAUGAUCUAGUACAAAGUAGGAUAUUUAAAAACAAAUAAUCAUUUAUUACCGUAAAAUGCAAUCGGGUAUAUGUGCAAUGUGUAAAACGAACUUGAGAUUAAUGUAAUAAAUAGAUUGCAAAACCGGACAACUUAAAAACGUACUACAAGAUGAUUCUAAAUACAUGGGAACAUUUUAAUAAAUUCCGUUUCUGUGAACAAUGUUCACAUAUGGCGCUGGACAGAUUAACUUUUUAUAAUUAUUAAUAAUACAUUAGAACUUUUCUCUCACUGUUUGACGUAAUUCUGUCAUAUUUAAGCGUUUCUUCUUGUGUGGUAACAUUAAAUAUAUAUUGAAUCCAUACGGAACUGUGAUUAACAUUAGUGAGCAUAGAAGGCUUAAAUCAUAAUGAUACUAAAUGCUCCAAAUGAGUGAAAACAUCAAUGAAAGGAUGAUAUAUAACA